AACAACUUCGUAAUUGUCCUGCAGUCCCGUAAUAAUUCUAAAUUCUAAUUACGGUUGUUAUGUCGAUUGUCAGUAAUUUAUUAUUGCUAAGUUAAUAAUUAUCGUAAUAAUUCGUUGUUCGAUCACUUGCUCGUCGCGUUUGCCGACUAGAGAUCCAUUCGCAUUCGACAAUGGGCUCAGAACAGAGUUCGCAAUCCAACGCUACCGAUUCCGGUGCGAAAAAUCCAAAACUAAAAAGGGGCAAAUCGGUGCCAGAAAGUUCUUGGCCGAGGAAUUCGCAGGAUGGUCAACAGAGCAGGGCGGCCAGCGCAAACACAUCACCCGGCCACAGCGUGUGCAGCGACGUCGACUUGCCGUACAUAUCGUACACGGUAAACCGACCAAUCGGAGAUUCGCCAAAGAAACCCAGCAUCAUGAGCCGAGGACGGUCGAUGCAGGUGGAACCCCAGCGAUCCGUGAAGAAAACCCCAAAGUCCACACCAAAACACAACAUCGUGGUGGUCAGGGCAGCCGUUCAAGAAAACCCAGACAUGGACGAGGACCUAUAUCGAAUGAAGCAAGUGCCAUCGUUUUUGCCAAUAAUACGAGGCACUGUAUCUUUGCCAGCAGCCAGAGAUCGAGAAGCAUUAGAGAGAAUCGAUUCCAACGCAUUUUACAGACUGUGUCAACUUUAUCAGGCUUACAUGAGCCGCUGUGCCAAAGCAGUAACUGCAGAUCAAACUUUGAUCAAUAAACAAAUUUUAGAGCUCGACAACGAAACCACACAAGUGUUGAAUUCAUAUGUAGUGUCAUAUAAACAAUAUGCCAAAAUCAAUGAGCAAUUCAAAUGCAUUGAUGACAUGAAUAAACAACUGAAUUCUUGUCAUCUAUUAUUAAACAAGACACUAGACUCUGUACAGCUAUUAAAUAAUAAAUUACCCCCGGACGAACGGUUGGAACCGUUUGUAUGGACGACGGGCUAAAAAACGACUGAUCACACCAUAUAUUUUCACUUUUAACUAGUCUCUAACAUUUUUUAUAUACAUUUAAAUUUUUAUUCCAUUGUUAUUUACUUAUAAUUUGCUUAGUGUUUUAAUAUGUUUGAUCUGUGUGAAUUUUUAUUUGUUUAAG